AUUAUUUUUUUUUUUCGUGUAGUAACUUCAGUUGAUGGGAAUGGAGUCUCCAGGUGAAGGUUCGGCAUUUGGUUAGGUUCCUAAUAAACACAGUAGCAAGAUAUGUGUAGCUGGGUGAAAUCCUGGCUUUAGGUUCUCGAUGGAAACUUCCCAGGGACGUCUGGUGGAUCACGCCCGGGCAAUGUUUGAUGUAAUUUUGCGAGCGCCUUGUAUUUUCUUUAUUGACGCCAUUUUUAAUUCCUCUCGUGAUCCAGAGGCAGGAUGGGUUGAUACAGCAGUUCAGACUGUACUAAAAUUAUUAGGGUUACUUGUCUUCAGUGUCAUCCUAGUUUUAUCUCAGAGAGCACUUUUCAGAUUUUAUUUGUUGUUCUGUGCUGUUCUCCUAGCUUCGGCAUCAGUGUUGGUGAAUUACUGUUCAACUGUGCAGAUUGACUUCUAUAGCAUUCAUUACUUCACAGCCUUUGGAGAUGCACUUCCGAUUAGAAAUGGACUUUCUUUGUGGCUAGCACUUGCUUUCCUUCAACUCGUAUUUGGAAUUGGAUAUGUAACAUUGCUCCACAUUCAGUCUACAUUUGCAGGGCUAAUAAUACUUGACUUCUUGUUUCCUGUAGUAAGCUUAGUCUUUGAAUUACCUGUGGACACCCGUCUUUUUGUAGCCAUCAUGUCUGGUAUGGUUGUGACUUUGCAUGCAACCGUUUGUUUGACUUUGAAACUGAAAUGGUUUUACUAUUCAGCAAGGUACAUAUAUCUUCUAGUAAUGCACAUGUAUCGAUUGUACGGACUGCAGAUCCUUUUAGAAGAAACAUGGAAGAGAAUUCGUUUUCCUGAUGUUAUGAGAGUCUUCUGGCUUACUAGGCUAACGGUACAAGCAGGUGUCUUAAUUUUUGUAGCUAAGGUAGCAAAAGAGGAAGAUAUCCAGAACUACACUGUUUCAUGGGAUGAUUUCUGGAAAGUAGUUUGCAGUCUUAUAAUCAGUGGCUGUGAUUCAACGUUGACUGUUUUAGGCAUGAGUGCUGUGAUUUCCUCAGUAGCACAUUAUUUGGGGCUAGGAAUUUUGGCUUUCAUAGGAUCCACUGAAGAUGAAGACAAGCGCCUGGGCUUUGUUGCACCUGUUUUGUUUUUUAUUUUGGCUCUACAGACCGGACUAAGUGGAUUAAUACCAGAAGAACGAUUGGUUCGUCUCAGUCGCAACAUGUGCCUUCUGUUGACUGCCAUUUUGCAUUUUAUCCAUGGUAUGACUGAUCCUGUGUUGAUGUCUCUUAGUGCCUCUCAUGUGUCAUCUUUCCGUCGGCAUUUUCCAGUUCUUAUAGUCUCAGUUUGCCUUUUUGUUUUUCCAAUCCUCCUCAGCUAUGUGCUUUGGCAUCACUAUGAGUUAAACACAUGGUUGUUUGCAGUCACUGCAUUCUGUGUAGAACUCUGUUUAAAAGUAAUGGUUUCACUCACAGUGUACACUCUGUUCAUGAUUGAUGGAUUUUACAGUGUUUUGUGGGAGAGGCUGGAUGACUAUGUGUACUACGUACGUUCAACAGGCAAUGUUGUUGAGUUUUUAUUUGGAGUAAUUAUGUUUGGCAAUGGAGCUUACACAAUGAUGUUUGAAUCUGGAAGUAAGAUACGAGCAUGUAUGAUGUGCCUUCAUGCAUACUUCAACAUAUACUUGCAGGCUAAAAAUGGAUGGAAAACCUUUAUGAAUCGUAGGACUGCAGUGAAAAAAAUAAAUUCUCUUCCAGAAAUUAAAGAUGACCAGCUAAGUAAAAUAGAUGAUGUUUGUGCAAUCUGUUACCAGGAGUUCACAACUUCUGCACGUACUACUCCUUGUCGUCAUUACUUCCACGCUUUGUGCCUUCGCAAAUGGUUAUAUAUUCAAGACACUUGUCCAAUGUGCCACCAGAAAGUGUACAGUGAUGUUGAUGCUAGGGAAAACACAGUUUUUAAUAAUAAUGGGUUUGUGGUACCCAAUGAAAAUCAAGAACCCUUUAUACCUGCAAAUGGUGCAGCUGCUGCUGGUACUGGUAUUGCAGGUGUCCCUCCUGCCAAUCCAGAUGCUGAAGAUCUUGAAGAUAAUGACAGUAUUGAGUACGAUGAGGAGGACUGGGCUUCCCGAAAUGACCGUGCUGUACUAGAAGAGGAGUAUCUUAAUGAUGAGACAGACUCAAAUGGUGACUGAGAUGCUGAUGAGGCUUCUGAAGUUCUAAGACUUAAAUUCGCCAAAAUUGCACAUCAGGGAAAAUUUAAUUUUAUGUUGAAUGAGGUAUAUAAUGAGCUCAUGCAAAAAAUGGAGUUUGUAACACAUUCCUUUCCUAGUUAUUGUGUUUGUUUUUUAAAGCACAAUUGCUGGUUAAUCCAGGGCAGUGGCAAUGUUACAGGUUUGCUCUUAUUUAUUGUGAUGUGCUACUGUAAAUAUACCUCUGUCAUUACUGCUGGUCUGUUGUGUGACCUUCCCAAAAUAUGUGUACAUUAUUGUACAUCUAAUAAAAUGUUUUGUUUUCA